CUUUGCAUUUUUUAUGAGUGAAAAUAGACAAAAAAGACAAACUCCUCUUUCGUCCUUCUCUUUUCUCCUUUUCCGCUCCUCACUCCUCACUCUGCACACCUGAAACUCUAUUUUUUCUUUCGCUUUUCUCUCUCGAGCAAGGGAGCAGAAGAGAAAAGAAAAGCGAAAAGCCUAGAGGCUCCAUUCCAUGGAGGAUUCCUCACAUUCUCAUUCCCUGCACGGAAGUCAAGCCUCUGCAACUCUCGCGAAGAAAGUCUCUAAUGGAAAUGGCUUCACUUCUACAACUGUCUACAAUGACGUCUUCGGUGGUCCUCCCAAGUUUGGAGUUCCAACCUUCUCGUCUCGGAUAGAAGACUACAAUGAGGUUUUCCGCAACUUUCGCACUUCUCGUGGUUCUUCGAUUCCAAUUCUAGAUCUCCCGGUUGUCAACGGGGCCGAUGUCUCCUUUGAUGUUCCAGUCUCAAAGUUUGAUUAUGCGGAGAUUUUUGGCGGUUUCGAUGUUGUAGAUUUUGCUGAUUCUUACGAGGAACUGUUUGCGGAGCCAAAAGAAGCGGCUUCUGACGAGGCCUGGACACCAGCUGAAACAGGUUCGCUUUCAGAAGGGUCAAAUGGAGAUAUCGCUUGUUCAGAAAAGGACCAACUUUUGUCAAAUGCAGCCUCUGACCACUCAGUUAAUGGUGUGAAGCAGUGCAAUAUUUCACAUAAUAAAGCUAAUCAAAGAAAUGAAGAUGGGACAAAUGGGACAACACAUGUAAACCAACACCAGGCAGUUCCGGCAUUUACAUCUGUAGUUGAUGAAAGUGCUCAUUUGCGAGGGGCUGAAGGUGAGAAACUACCAACACAGGUAACUGAUGAUAUCAGUUUUGAUGUGGAUCCUAGUGUGGGGAUAAUGGAAGGACAAAAUAUCAGGAUAACUACAUCACAUUCCACUACACAUUGUACUGCCUCAAAGACCAAUUUGAAUGAUUUCAGAACUCGACAAGGGUCUGGAAGGAAUGAAUCUAACCCUAAAGAGGUGUUUUUAACCGUCUCUGAAAUCAGCCUUAAGACACAACCCUCUCCAGUGCCACCACCUGUAAGGCAACCACCUAAAUUGGCUAUCAAACAGGGAGAUGCUAUCGGGUUGAUGCCAUCCAAUGCUAAUUCUUCUAAAAAUUGUGGUCAUGAAGGGGCUGCAGGUAACAUUUCACCUCCUUUCUUUGAUGUGGAGGUAGAUGCUAGUUCAGCAGCUGCAGCCUCUGCGGCUGCUAUGAAAGAAGCAAUGGAGAAAGCUCAGGCAAGACUAAAAAGUGCAAAAGAAUCAAUGGAAAGAAAGAGGGAUGGUCUUCAAGGACGGAUGAAGCUGGGAUUGAAAGAUGACUUAAAGAAUAAGGAAAAAAGAGAGGGUAAAGCUGCUCAUGAAGUCCACAUAUUCAAGGAAGAAAGAACUCAUGAGACUUGUGAAAGAGAGGGUACUGGAACUAAAGAUAUUUCUAGGGAGGAAGGGCAAAAGGCCAUGGGUGCCAACCAGGUAGCUCCUGAUUUAGAAAAGUGUGGAAAAUGUUUAGACUUAGCUAAAGAAUCUUUAGAGCAAAAUCACAUGAAGGGAUCAAAGUCAGUUCAACAGUCUAGAAGUCAGGAAGAUGGAGCAGGAGAAUGGAAAGCAGAGAGACAAUUUUAUGAACUAAUAAAAACAGAUAAUAAGUUAAGAGUAGCCCCUGAAACAGCUAUGGAAGCUCAGGAACGGGAACAAGGUGAUAGGAAGUUGAAAACAACCAAGGAACCAUGCAGAUGGAAUGGAUAUGAGAAGCAUCUAAAAGAGGCAUAUAAGGUUCAUGGUCAUGAGCAGGAAGAAAGCAAUAAGAAACUAAAGCAAACUCUUGAGCGGGAAGAACAUGAGAGGAAACUAAAAGAAGCUAAUGAGAAGGAAGAAAAUGAGAAGAGGCCAAAAGAGGUUUGUGUAAUAGAAGAAGAUAAGAGGAGAUUGAAAGAGGCUUGUGAACAGGUAAAAAAUGAAAAGAGACUUAAAGAGACUUUUGAAAGGAAAGAAAAUGCGAGGAGAUUGAAAGAAACUCAUGAGCGAGAAGAAAAUGAGAAGGAACUUAAAGAGGCUUUUGAGAGGGAAGAGAAGGAAAAGAGAUUGAAAGAGGCUUGUGAAAGGGAAGAACAUGAGAGGAAAUUAAAAGAGGCUUUGGAGAGGGAAGAAAAUGAGAGGAGAUUGAAAGAGGCCCAUGAGAUAGAAGAAAAUGAAAAGAGAUUGAAAGAAGCUUGUGGGAAGGAACAAAAUGAGAGGAGACUGAAAGAAGCCCAGGAGAGGGAAGAAAAUGAGAGGAUAUUGAAAGAGGCUUAUGAAAGGAAAGAAAAGGAGAGAAGGUUGAAAGAGGCUUAUGAAAGCGAAGAAAAUGAAAAGAGAUUGAGAGAGGCUCGUGAAAGGGAAGAAAAGGAGAGAAGAUUGAAAGAUGCUCAUGAAAGGGAAGAGAAUGAAAGGAGAUUACGCGAGGCUCAUGAAAGGGAAGAAAAUGAAAAGAGAUUGAGAGAGACUCUUGAGAGAGAAGAAAAUGAAAAGAAAUUGAGAGAGGCUCAUGUGAGAGAAGAAAACGAAAGGAGAAUGAAAGAGGCUUGUGAGAGGGAAGAAAAGGAGAGGGGAUUGAAAGAAGCCCAUGAAAGGGAAGAAAAGGACAAGAGAUCAAAAGAGGCUUAUGAGAAAAAAGAACAUGAGAGGAAAUUAAAAGAGGCGCAAGACAAAGAAGAAAGUGAAAAGAGAUUGAAGGAGGUUGGUGAACAGGAAGAAAUUGAAAAUAGACUAAAGAAAGGUUUUAAAAGAGAAGAAAAUGAAAAGAGACAGAGAGAGGCUUGUGACAUGGAAGAAACUGAGAAGAAUUUAAUAGAAUGCCAUGAGUGGGAAGAAAAUGAGAAGAGACCAAGAGAGGGUUGUGAGCAGGAAGAAAAUUUAAACAAUCAAAAAGUACCUCCUGAGCAAGUAGAAAAUGGGAAGAAACUAAAAGCAGGUCAAGAAACUCAUGAGCACAAAGAGGAGAUAAAUUUGAAGGCAACUAAUGAGACAUGCAUACAGAAUGAUCAUGAGAAUUUAGAAUCAAUUCAAGAGACCUGCAAACAUGAAAUUACUGGGAAAUUGAAAGCAGUUCAGGAAGAAGUUAUGGAAAACUUUGGCAAAAAUGUUGAUGGACUUGCAGAGGAGAAGGAAUGGAGAGCAGCUAAUGUGAUGAAUGAACAAGAUGGAAAUAUGAGGUUCAAAGGAGCUCACUCAAUUGCCCAUGAAUAUGAUGCAAAUGAAAACAAAAUGAAAAAUGUGACAGAGACACUUCCGUUAGAUGACAAUCAGAAGAAAUUAGGAGAAUCUGAUAUAGAUGGUUGUCAAGAUCAGAGUUUCAAAAAUAACAAAACUUAUCAGGUGGGGUGUGUUCAGGAAAACCUUGAGGGAAAAGUAAGAGUCCCUCAGAUAAUCCAUGAGUGGGAAGAGAAAGGAAGAAAUGCUUUGGAAGAGAAAGGAAACAUGCCAAAAGUAUCUCAGGAGUUCAAUACAAGCUACAAUGCAGGAAGAAAGAAGAACUAUAGUGACACUAUUGUGACAGAGGUGAAGGAAAAAGAAGAAAUGCAAAGAGAAAAAGAUCAGGAAAAGGAGCGACUAAGAAAAAUAGAAGAAGAGAGGGAGAGGGAAAGGGAAAGAGAAAAAGACAGGAUGGCAGUUGAACGAGCAACCCGUGAAGCUCGUGAAAGGGCAUUUGCUGAUGCUCGUGAAAGGGCAGAAAGAGCUGCUGUGGAGAGAGCGACAGCUGAAGCUCGACAAAGAGCAAUGGCUGAGGCUCGAGAAAGAUUAGAGAAGGCUUCUGCAGAAGCUCGGGAGAAGUCACUAGCUGAGAAGGCUUCUAUAGAAGCCAAACUUAGGGCAGAACGUGCUGCAGUGGAGAGAGCAACUGCAGAGGCUCGGGAGCGUGCUGUGGAAAAAGCUGCUUUAGAGGCAAGAGAACGUGUAGAAAGAUCUUCUGCUGAAAAGUCUUCCACUACUCCUAGGGAUGGUGGUUUGAAGCAAAGCACUUCCGACCUACAGAACCCACAGUUUCAAAGCUCAGGUUCCUAUGGUGGUUCACGAUAUCCAAAUUCUUCAAAUUAUUCUGCUUCCUAUGCUGCUGAGAAAUUACAAGGAGCAGAAGUUGAAUCAGCCCAGAGAUGUAAAGCUAGGUUACAAAGGCAUCAACGAACAGUUGAACGUGUGGCAAAAGCCCUAGCAGAGAAAAAUAUGCGUGACCUUCUUGCUCAUAGAGAGCAAGCAGAGAGACAUAGGCUAGCAGAAUCCCUUGAUGCUGAUGUCAAAAGGUGGUCCAGUGGGAAAGAGGGGAACUUGCGUGCACUGCUUUCAACACUACAAUAUAUCCUUGGACCUGAUAGUGGUUGGCAGCCAAUUCCAUUAACAGAAGUUAUAACAGCUGCUGCUGUAAAGAAAGCCUACAGGAAAGCCACUCUUUGUGUUCAUCCUGACAAACUUCAGCAACGGGGUGCGAGCAUUCAACAGAAGUACAUAUGUGAGAAGGUCUUUGAUCUUCUAAAGGACGCUUGGAACAAAUUCAAUUCGGAAGAGCGAUAAUCGAAGUUGCUAGCAAUUGCGAAUAUCCUGUAUAAUUUCAUGCAUCAAUGGAUAAAAUUUAAGUAUCUUUAGCUAUUCUUUCAGCUAUUUGUGUAAUUCUGAACGAAAAGCUUAGCUCCAGAAAACUGUUGUAAACAAGCUAUUAGAUAAAGAAAAAGGGGUGUAGAGCCUUUCUUUCA